AUGGAAGGAUCAAUGGCCUCGGAGACCACCCAAGGGAUCGCCCCACGCGCGCUGCGGACGAUUUUUGCGCGCCAGGAGGCGCUUUCGCGCGAUGGGUGGCAUUAUACGAUGUCCUGCUCCGUUGUGGAGGUCUACAGCGACGAGGUGCGGGAUCUUUUGCAGAACCCUUCCCUUUACGACCUCAGCGGCCCCGCAGCAACCGCGAACUACCACACCAUCCGUCAUAACGAGCAAACAGGGGAGACGGUGAUCGGGAAUACGCGGACGAGGCGAAUCGUCACCAUGGACGACUUUCGCGCGGUGUACCGCCAGGCAACGCGGUACCGUAAAACGGCCAAAACCCAGCUCAAUGACCACUCCUCGCGCUCACAUUCGAUCUUUACCCUUCGGAUUGACGGCCGGAACGAAACGAUUCGUCAGCAAAGCAAAGGGGUGCUUUGCCUGGUGGACUUGGCCGGUAGCGAGCGCGUGAAUGAGUCGGGUGCUCAAGGACAGCAAUUCAAAGAGGCUGUGAGCAUCAAUCGUAGUUUGUUGGAUCUUGGGAAAUGUAUUAGCGCAUUGCGCAGUGGUGCCGUGGUGCCAUGGCGAAAUAGCCGUUUAACCUAUUUAUUACAGAAUUACCUCGGAGCAAAGGGAGCGAAGAUGCUGAUGGUGGUAACGAUAUCUAAUAAAAGUUCUUACUUAACAGAAAGUACGAACUCGCUACAGUUUGCGACGCGCGUGAAGGAUACGCUUAUCGGCUCCUCUGUGAGGCGGAUCUCAAACUAUUGA